UUUGUAGACAAAUUUUGAUUUUUAUUCUAGUUAUGCUAAAGACAGCAUAUGUGAAUUUGACGUCAUCAGGUUAUUUUCCCCCUACGGUUAAAGCUCUGCGGAUACCAAAUCAAUCCAAGUUUCUGGUGCCCGACCAAGGACGUCUCCAACUCAGUCAAGUUACAGAUUUUUUAACCGACUGUAGAUGUCAUUUCAUCGUGAGGAAGUCCGUUAAUGAUAAGACCUGGCGUUAUGAAUACAGAUAUCAAGUACAGCUAGAUCCGCCAAAAUAUCUUGGCAUAAAAGGAAAUGCACUGGACCUGAUGGACGAUGCAGACGAAGGCUUAACACGGUUCCAGCAGCAGAAAAGAGACGGCCUUGUCUUCUUAAAACUCCCCGGACGAAACGAUGUGACUGUUAGUUUUAAUGAAGACCGUGGUAUCUAUGAACUUCGCCCGUGUGACUGUGAAGCAGAAAACGGAAUAAAUCUGGUGCACACAAACUGUACAGUGUAGAAAAUCAUUCUGAUGUAAAUUUAUGAAAUUUUACAUUCAAAAUAAAAAAUAAAUUAAUAACAUUUUAUACGUUAACUCAAAGACGAUAUCACAGUUUUAUU